CAGGCAGGGAAAGAUCAUUGUUCCCAUCAGCCAAUAAGAACUCAACAAAAAGACGUUUAUGUGAUUUGUGAUUUUUUUUUUAUUUUUUUGUGUGUGCACGUGUUUGAGUGUGUGUGUGAAUGGCAGCGCAAAGGUGAAUGCACAUGAGGUGUAUCUCUUUCACACCUUCUCUGUGACGAAGGGGAAGAGGGACGUCACACAGAAAGGGAACCAAUCAGAUAUUAGCUGUUUGGAUUUAUGCCAGGGUCUUUUGGCUUGAAAGUUUUUUCGUACAAGUGGCCAAGGACAGUUUUUUUUUUCCUGAAAAGGGAAAAAAAAAGUCUGCAGAGAAAAGAUGCCAUACACACCGGCGGGCUUUUUCUGCGACCGGUUGAUCCGGGAACGAGAAAGGAGAGACGGGGAAGGGUCUUUGAGCAAGCCCAUCCGCUUUAACGGCCAGGACUAUAACAUUCUGAGACAGGAGUGCCUUCAGAGGAAGAGCCUGUUUGAGGAUGACUCUUUCCCAGCCUCUGUGGAGUCUCUGGGCUUCAAGGAGCUUGGACACAAGUCCAACAAGGUCAAGAACAUCGUCUGGAAGAGGCCCAAGGAAAUCUGUGAGAACCCUCAGUUCAUUGUUGGAGGAGCCAGCAGAACAGACAUCUGUCAGGGAGAUCUGGGUGAUUGCUGGUUGCUGGCUGCUAUUGCCUGCCUCACCCUGAAUGACAAACUUUUGUAUCGAGUUGUUCCUCAAGAGCAGAGUUACUGUGAAAGCUAUGCCGGUAUAUUUCACUUCCAGUUCUGGCGUUAUGGUGACUGGGUCGACGUCGUCAUUGACGACCGCAUCCCAACUGUUAACAACCAGCUAGUCUUCACUAAAUCUGCUGAGAGGAAUGAGUUCUGGAGUGCCCUGCUGGAGAAGGCUUACGCAAAGCUACAUGGAUCCUAUGAGGCUCUGAAGGGUGGAAACACCACCGAGGCCAUGGAGGAUUUCACCGGAGGCGUCACUGAGUUUUAUGAGAUGAAGGAAGCUCCCAAAGAGCUCUACAAGAUCAUGAAGAAAGCUCUGGAGAGGGGCUCCCUCAUGGGCUGCUCCAUUGAUUCWCUGGUUCCUGCUCGCUUUGAAACUCGUACUGUGACAGGACUUGUGAAGGGUCAUGCAUACUCUGUGACCGCCGUGGAGGAGUGUAAGCCGUCUCAGCACAAAGAUAAUAAAGUUCGUCUGGUGCGUCUCAGGAACCCUUGGGGUCAGGUAGAGUGGAACGGUCCCUGGAGCGACAACUCCAAGGAGUGGACCACAAUCUCUAAGAYUGAAAAAGAGAAACUGCAACACCAAAGUGCUGAGGAUGGAGAGUUUUGGAUGUCAUUUGAAGAUUUUAAAAAGAACUACACAAAGAUUGAGAUCUGUAACCUCACACCUGAUGCCCUGGAGGAUGAUAAGACCCACAAGUGGACAGUCUCUGUGAAUGAGGGCCGUUGGGUGAGAGGCUGCUCUGCUGGAGGCUGUAGGAACUACCCAGACACUUUCUGGACCAACCCUCAGUACCGCCUUCGCCUUCUGGARGAGGAUGACGAUCCUGACGACAACGAGGUGGGCUGCACCUUCGUAGUUUCACUGAUGCAGAAAAACAGAMGAAAAGAGCGCAAGAUGGGAGCCAACCUCUUCACCAUCGGAUUUGCCAUUUAUGAGGUGCCAAAGGAGAUGCACGGAAACAAGCAGCACAUGCAGAAGGACUUCUUUUUGUUGAACUCCUCCAAGGCCCGCUCCAAGUCCUACAUCAACCUGCGCGAGGUGACACAGCGCUUCCGCCUGAGCCCCGGCGAGUACGUCAUCGUCCCCUCCACCUACGAGCCGCACCAGGAGGGCGAGUUCAUCUUGCGGGUCUUCUCUGAAAAGAAGAACACCUCAGAGGAGAUAGAGAACAGGAUCGAGGCCGACAAUCCUGUGCCAGCACCAGCCUCAGCAGGGGAGGAGAGCGAGGAGGACCAGCARUUUCGAACCAUUUUUCAGGAGAUAGCUGGAGAUGACAUGGAAAUCACAGCCAACGAACUGAAAAAUGUUCUCAACAGAGUGAUCACCAAACAUAAGGACAUGAGCACAGAGGGGUUCAGUCUGGAGAGCUGCAGGAGCAUGAUCGCUCUGAUGGACGUAUCCUUUAUGGAUGGGACCGGCAGACUUAACCUGCAGGAGUUCAGACAUCUGUGGAAUAAGAUCAAGCAGUGGCAGGGAAUCUUUAAACAAUAUGAUGCUGACCAGUCUGCCAGCAUCAACAGUUACGAGAUGAGAAAUGCUGUCAACGAUGCAGGCUUCCGUCUCAACAACCAGCUGUAUGACAUCAUCACCAUGCGUUACGCAAACGAGCGCAUGAACAUCGACUUCGACAGCUUCAUCAGCUGUCUGGUUCGACUUGAAGCCAUGUUUAGGGCGUUCCAGGCCUUUGAUCAAGAUGGAGAUGGCACCAUCAGACUCAGUGUCCUGGAGUGGCUCCAGUUGACCAUGUACGCCUAGACAGGCCCAUCUUCUCCCAGGUGAACUCAACUCCAAACAAGGACCAGACCUGCCAGCUCUUACCUCAACAAUCAGUGUGCCCGACCGUCGUUAGCUUUCAUCCAGCUCACGCCACCAGCAGCCUGCUCUCAGUCUGAGCGCUUCUGCUUCCUCUGCAUCGAAAGCCUGUUCAGACCUCGCAUUAAACAUACGUCACGGGCGAAUCAACAGCCAGUGGUCAGCUCUCGUUCAGUGUUCAGUUAGCUGCUYUGUAUGCAGAUACACAGUCACAUGCUGAUGGUUUUAUUAUAAUCUGAACCAUUAUUAUUUGGACAUSAACACGGUUCAGAACCAUUUGAGUCAUAUUUUUGAAGGAUCAUCUUUUAAUUGGCUUCAUUAUGUAACAGACAUGAUAUGGUUGUUUUUAUAUCUCACUUAUACACCAGUAAGUGGACYGGGGCUCAUAGUGGGUCCAAUGUCCUACCCAAGGACUUGUCCACACUGCAGCGGCUGGAGAUCAAACCUUGCUUGACCAAACGCUGCUCAGAUCGAUGUGUUGUGAUUGACAGCCCAUUACAGCUCACAGUGACCACAGUGGGUACAAUCAUUCAAAGCAUCCACUCGGGUUAAAAAAUUCACAACAAAAAAAAAAACAUUUUAAUAAGGAUUCUGAUUAAAAACUUUUAAUCCAAUACAAACAAAGCCACAUCUUCUGUUUAAUUAUCCUAAAUCCACCAGCGGCUGGACCCUGAGAUGCCCAGGGCUAGAUGUUUAGACCYUACUGCUUCUGGGUUACGUCUGUAGGAAGUCCUGCACCUUCGCUUAGGACGGAGCGUGUUCUUACUACCAAAAGUACGACGAUAAAGGUGGUUUGAGCGAAGAAGUUUUUAAUGCGUAUUGAGAUAUUUCACAUCUGUGUUUAGAGCCAUGUUGACACAGUCUACCCUCUCAGGACAGAUGUUAGAGCCAGGUCUGAACACGGUCCGAAUGUCUCUUCAUUUGAUCUGUUCCCCUUACAAAAAGCUCUCAGGCUUCCUGCAUUUUCUUCUCUACUGUUGUCCUCCCAUCCUCACUCAUGUCCCACUGUUCUCAGUUAGCAAACACACACAACCUCUUUUUACUGUCCCAAUCCCAUACAGCAGUUACUAUAGUAAUUACUAGUUUGCUUUUGAUCUCCAAUAAUUUUUCUUUUAAUAACAAAACCUUUCUUUUUACAUUUUUUUUUGGCUUUUUGGACAGAGAAAGGARCAUUGUACACACCUGUUUACUUUUCUAAUAGAGUCAGAAAAACACAUUUUGGAUUUCACAAGACCUCCUGGAUUUUGUGAGGGACAAGGAUCAAUCUGCAACCCACCAGUGACCACAAACAGACAGCGCUCCCUGGUGGACAAACUCAAGCUUCUCCUGCUCAUCUCAGCAACUACAGACAGGUUUUCACCUCCUGACAAGGAUCCAGUCAGUAUUUAAGCUCAAGCAUGAGGAUGGAUAAGAUUUAGGGACACAGCUGCUGGGCUGAUGAGUCAUCACUUCCACAUGAAAAGGUUCAAAUAUGGAUUUGAAAGAAUAUGGCAAAUGGGUUGGACCCCAGCRUUUUUGUGAUUUUAAUUUAUUUUUUUCAACAUGAAGGCUACGGUCAAAUGAGUGUACCACAUUUUUAAACAUUUUAAUCAAAUAAAUAUGUAGUUGUUGGUGUGA